AUUUUUUAUCCAGAUGUACUGUGAUCUUCAUAUCAAGUCCAAGUUAAUUCUGCAGAUAACUGUUAUCUCGGAAUCCUGCCGAUAACUUAUCAUAUGAACCAUGAAGUCUAUAAUAUUCAGAAUUAGCUUCAUUUUAUUUGCUAUACCACAAACGCUUGGACAAACUACAGUGGUGCUACAGACAUCUACACAAACUGGACAAACUACAGAUUCUGUGCUAUAUCCAUAUGGACAAUCAGAAGGAGAUAUUACAAACCCAAAAAUUGAUGAUGGAGGUUCACCUUUAAUUCCCUUAAGAGUGCCUUUUCCAUUUUUUGGAGCAUCUUAUAGAUCAUGUUAUGUAAACAACAAUGGACUUAUUUCCUUUAAUGUAUCGGUGGCACAGUAUACUCCUGAUGCAUUCCCUCUGGCAGAUGGACGAGCUUUUGUUGCCCCAUUCUGGGCAGAUGUGGACAAUCGCUUGUAUGGUAAUGUGUACUACAGAGAAAGCUCAGAUCCUGCACUUCUUCAAAGGGCUACAACAGAUGUAAACAGGCACUUCCCAGAUCUACACUUUACUGCUAACGGGGUGUUUGUGGCAACAUGGGACAGAGUAGCCUAUUAUGGCUCAUCAUCAACAAAGGAAAAUACAUUUCAAGCUGUUCUGAUUUCAAAUGGAGCACAGUCAUUCAUUUUCCUAAAUUACGAUAUCAUACAGUGGACAACUGGUACAGCAAGUGGAGGUAACUCUUCAACAGGACUAGGAGGAACACCUGCACAGGCUGGUUUUAACAGUGGAAAUUCAACACAUUACUUCAGCAUCCCAGGGUCCAGAACCCCAAGCAUCCUGAACAUUCAAUCAACAAGCAAUGUCAACAAUCCAGGCCAAUGGGUAUUCAGAACAGAUUUGUUUACUGCUGUUGGAGGCUGUGUUUACAAAGCACAAUUUUUGAGAACCGGUGAUGUAUUCUGGGAAGACAGUACCUGUAGAUCGAAGUGUAGAUGCUCAGAAAACAAUACUGUCAUCUGCCAGAAUGAAGGUUGUUCUACUUAUGAGCAAUGCCAGCUAUCCUCCUGGUACUAUGUUUGUGAAUCAAUUGGCUCAAAAACAUGCUCAGUAUCCGGAGAUCCUCAUUACUACACUUUUGAUGGGCAGCUGUUUCAUUUUCAGGGCACCUGCACAUAUGUGUUAUCAAUGCUGUGCCCAGACAGGCAAAACCUCACCAGCUACAGGAUUGAAGUAAAAAAUGAGAACCGAGGAAAUUUAAUGGUGUCCUGGACAAGACUUGUGAGGGUGAUAGCUUAUGGAAAUGAAAUUACCAUGACUCGAGAUAGUACAGACCAGGUCUUGGUAAACAACAUACGAUCUUCUCUUCCUGUAUCUAUAAUGAGUGGGAAAAUCCGGGUUUAUAAGAGUGGCUUUUCAAUCACCGUCCUUACAGAUUUUGGAGUGGUUGCCAGCUAUGAUGGAUACCAUUAUGUCACUGUUUCUGUACCUUUGAGUUAUUUCAACUCUACAUGUGGACUGUGUGGCACACUAACUAAUGACAGGUCUGAUGACUUCCUAACAUCAUACGGCACAUUGACCCAUUCAGACCAGGAGUUUGCCAAAAGUUGGAGAGUGCCUGAUAAUGAUACAUUAUGCAGAGAUGAGUGUAAUGGAUUAUGUUUAGACUGUACUCCUGAAAACCGAGAUCUGUACUCUGGAAAUAACUACUGUGGUAUAAUUACUGACCCUCAGGGGCCAUUUAACACAUGCAUCAGUCUUCUUCCCUCUCAGGAUAUUCUACAGAGCUGUGUAUAUGACCUGUGUGCCACUGGUGGUUACAUGACAAGUCUGUGCCAGGCCUUGAAUUCGUAUACUGUUCGCUGCCAAGCAUUAGGGGCACCUCCACAACAAUGGCGAAGGCCAGGAUUCUGCGAGAUUACAUGCCCAGAAAACAGCCAUUAUGAGUCAUGUGCUACUGCCUGCCCUGCAAGUUGUGCAGAUUCAACGGCCCCUCUGUACUGCAAUCAGCCCUGCAGGGAGAGCUGUGUUUGUAGUAAUGGCUAUAUUCUAAGUGGAGGAAGAUGCAUUCCUUUGAAUCAGUGUGGAUGUAUUUAUCAAGGCCGUUAUUUCAGUAUCGGAGAAGAAGUCAUUCUAAAUGAAGACUGCUCUACUAAAUGUAGAUGCAUAAAUGCCAAUACUGGAAUGCAAUGCCAAAGUUAUCGAUGUUCUACAUAUGAAGAAUGCAAAAUAAUGAAUGGUGUCCGUGGCUGCUACCCACUGCAGUAUGGAACAUGCUGGGUAUCAGGUGAUCCCCAUUAUAGUACUUUUGAUCAAAGGUACUUUGACUUCCAAGGAACAUGCACAUACACCCUCAGCAAAUACUGUGGAAUAUCAAACAGGCUUACAAACUUCUCCAUCAGUGUAACAAAUGAGAACAGAGGAAGUACACGUGUGUCAUGGACUCGGCAAGUACAACUCAGCAUCUAUAAUCAUCAAAUAAAGAUGUCUGUUGGAGAGUAUGGCAGAGUGGAGGUUGAUGAAUCUGUUGUGAAUCUUCCAGUUUUGCUUGAAUCAGGUGCUAUCCACAUUUACUACACUGGAUCAGUGGCUACUAUUGAGGCAGACUUUGGUCUUUCUUUGUCAUAUGACUGGUAUCACUUAGUUAUAGUAAAACUGCCUGUGACAUACUCAGGGCAGCUUUGUGGACUUUGUGGAAACUAUAAUGGGAACAUCAGUGACGAAUUCAUCAUGCCAAAUGGUUCAAUGGCCCAGAACGCAAUCAGCUUUGGAAACAGCUGGAUAAAUCCAAACUCGUCUAUUUCAUGUCUCGCUACUAAUGUUGAGCCUGUGUGUUCUGCAUAUAGCAAAAGCCAAUAUAGCUCACUAAAUCAAUGUGGGAUGAUCACAAAUGCCGAUGGCCCCUUUAGAGCUUGCCAUAGCCAAGUUGAUGGACAGGCCUACUUUGACAACUGCAUUUAUGACCUGUGUGCUACAAAUGGAGAUCACACAACUCUAUGUGAGGCAAUAAGGCAUUAUGCUUUACAAUGCCAGAGGAAUGGUGUAGCUAUAGAACACUGGAGGAACAUCACCAGAUGCGUCGUUAAUGGCAAAAAUAUUAAAGUUGGAGAUGUAUUCUGGACUGAUGGAUGUACUCAGAGGUGUUCCUGCUUAUCAGUAAAUAAUCUUAGAUGUUCACCUUCAAGCUGUAAUGAAGACCAGAUCUGCACUAUACAGCAUGGAAAGCUGGGCUGUCAGAGCACCCUUACUACAUGUACUAUUGCUGGAGAUCCACAUUACUACACCUUUGAUGGAGCAGUUGCUCAUUUUCAAGGGAGCUGCACUUAUGAUAUUGUCAAAAUCUGUAACUCCUCAUUAGACUCAGCCUUCACAUUUAGCGUCCGUGCUGAAAACCGUAAAAGAGGAAAUCCCUAUGUAUCUUUUGUUUCACGGGUUGAAAUCAUACUGCAGAAUAAUUCAUUUCAAACAGGCAUUAUCAUUGGAGCAAGUAGAAUUGUACAGGUGAACGGAAGUACUGUUACUCUACCAGUAAAUGUUGGAGCAUUGGCUUCCAUUUCUCAGCUGAAUGACAUGGUUGUUCUCAAGGCAGAUGGAGUUGAAAUAAGUUAUGAUGGCUUUAGCACCUUAAUUGUUAGAGUGGGACAACAAUACAAGAACUCCUUGUGUGGAAUGUGUGGAAAUUUUAAUGAUGAUCCCAAUGAUGAUAAGAGAUUGCCAAAUGGGACGGCAGCAAUGAAUGACCAACAGCUUGGUAAUGGAUGGAAAUCAGCCACCAGCAUCACAGGGUGUGAAGAUGACAGUGAUAAUGGAUUUGUAUGUGACAACUUACCAAGGAAUGAGAUCCUCUGUGAAAUCAUAACUGACAGAACGGGGCCAUUUGCUGACUGUCACUGGCAUGUCGAUCCUGAGCCUUACUAUUCUUCCUGUGUAUACGAUCUUUGUCUUUAUGGAAUAGCCAAUGGGAUGUUGUGCACAGCGGUCAGUUCAUACCAGCAAGUCUGUGAAGCACAUGGCGUCCAGAUCCCAAUAUGGCAAACCAUGAUAAACUGUCCCUUGAGGAAUCCAUGUGAAACACAAGUGUGUACAGACAAGGAAUGGUGUGGUGAAUAUUAUGGCCAAUAUGGAUGCUACUGUUCUGAAACAUUUGACAACCAGACAAGAAGCAGCUAUGACUACAAAAUUGCCUGUUCAGGUAACACCAGUUUUGUUUCUCUGUCUCGCUGCCUGGUAUUUACGGAUGGAUUUCCACUUAGUGCUUUACACUUAAAUGAUCCCAUCUGUACUGGGAUUUUACAAGAUGGAAGGUUAAUAUUCCCAUUCGACAGCAGCAAGAGAACAUGUGGCACAAAGUUGCAAGUAAAUGAAACUCACUUCAUCUAUUCAAAUGCCAUCCAAGGAACAACAAGAAAUACAAAUAACAGUGUGAUAAUCCGAGAAAGGAAAAUAAACAUUGCAUUCAGAUGUGAAUAUCCUCUCAGUGUAAACCUAUCGUCAACGCUAUCUGUUAAGCCAAUUGAGAGUGUUAUUAAUGCAAGCCUGUCUUCUGGCCAAGGGAUAUACCAGGCAAAGAUGAUUCUGUUCCGGGAUUCUGCAUACAGUCAGCCUUUUACAGUUACCCCAGUGACACUUGCUGUAAAUACUAGGAUUUAUGUUGGAAUCAUCCUUACAGGAAUAGAUCCAGACCAAUUUGUGAUAACAUUAGUUUCAUGCUGGAGCACUCGAACCAGUGACCCCACAUCAAGCCCUAAAUGGGAUCUCAUUAUUAACCGCUGUCCAAAUCCUGGUGAUGGAACUGUGAUUAUUGAUGAAGAUGGUGUGUCAACAAUUGCACGAUUUUCUUUUGCUGUGUUUAAGUUCCAAGGUGCUGCUACACAAUUUUAUACUCACUGCCAAAUUCGCCUUUGCAAUAUACAGACCAGCAUAUGCACUACA